AAGGAACAAGGCAUUCAACCUCUACUUUCUACGCUCUACUGCGACCUAUCUGCGCGAGUUGUGUCAUCAUACAAUAAGGGAACCUAUGAAUUGGGUGCCAAUUCACGGCUUCGCAAAUAUAUCCACCGUUUGUUCUAUUUUCCAGUGCCAACUUUACGUUUUCCUCAGCAAUCGCGAGACACACCAAGUCAGCGUGAGAGACAGGAUACACAUCGUAAUAUGAGUCCGUCGAUGUUGGAUAGUAUUCCCGGGGAGAUCCACACUAUGAUACUCAAGUUGUUAGAUGAUCGGCGAGACAUCAACAACUUGUGCCAGGUUUCCAAGAUACUAUACGAAAAGACUGUGCCUUAUCUAUACCGAUCAAUCUCCCUGUAUGCACUUGAGGACGACCUCGAGGAUAUCUUCGAUUCAGGUCUCGACGAGGCUGGAGAGAGAGGCCUCCUUCGCCACACUCGGGACAUCAAACUCUGGUCUCACUUCUAUGAAAAACAUUUUUUCGAUGCAUGCAUACGCGUCAGGAGAAGUAUGACAUUUACACUAGCCAGUUCAAAGAGGGAGUCGAAGAUGUGGCAGAACGACUGGGGAUUUUGCUCGGUUUCUGUGAAACUGGCGCAAUCCGAUCACUUAGUUGGAACUUGGGAACCUGUGUGCCCCAGGCACUUCUAGAACCUCCUGGCUACUUCCCCUUAAAACAACAAAAUCUCGAGAGUAUUCGCUUAGUGACGGAUGCCAGGUGCGAGUGGAACGUAGGACGCAUGGAUUAUUUGGCCUUAUCGGCAUUCCCACACCUCAAGCGCCUCUCUUGGACAGGGCUGACGUCGCCAACUGACCUCGAAUCCCUCGCC